CUAUGUAACAGUGUGACCGUUUCAAAAGCGGUUAGGCUCCAACUAAUCUAAUGUUUUCAAAUAAAGUUAUACAAAGUGACUUAAACUGAUAAAAAUGAACUAUUCAAAGUUAUGUAAAUACUUUCUGAACGCAACCGCCGCCUCAAUUGGUUGGUUGCUUAUAAAAUGCGUGAUGCGCAAGAUCAAGUUGCUGGGGACUCCAAACGAACAAUUCCACGAGGUGUUGUUUUUUAACGAGAUGUGCCAUAGUUGUGUUCACAAGCAUAUGACUGGACAGCAGUGCCAGAAUGUGCACUGCAUAGAUCGACAAGUGAAGCGUAUGCAGCAAAUGAUUGAUAAAUCAAAGUACAGCAUCGACCUGGCUAUCUACUCAUUGUCCACACCCGAAAUGAUAGAUGCACUGUAUCGUGCUUUGUCCCGUGGCAUAAAGUUGCGUCUAAUCAUCAACGAAACAUGCAGGCAGGAAAUGAUAACGUUGAGCAGACUAAGGAGAUGUGGAGCAUGCGUACGCAAACCACCAAUGACCAAACACUUAAUGCACCACAAGUUCUGUGUGAUCGAUGGACAUAAACGUGUCCAGCAAUUAUUGCGUCGCAGGAAUUGUGACGAUAGCGAGCUUAUAAAGUCCAACUGUCCGCUGGUAAUGAGCGGCUCCGCCAACUGGACCAACGGAGAUCUCUACACCAGCUACAAUAGUGUGAUUAUCAGCACUAAUAGCAAACUGGCAGCGGAGCUGGAGGCGGAGUUCUGCCGCCUUUGGCGGGAACUGAAAAAUCCCAACGAGAGAGAUUCAUAUGUCCUUUCGCCUUAGUAAAGCUGGCAAGCUACAAUAAACCAUUGUUUUUGUUGAA